AUGAAACUAUAUGGAAAAAUACACUUCAUAUUACCUGUACUUUACCUUUUUGCAAAAUAUGCAAGUAGCUUAUAUACAAACGUAAAAGAAAUUAAAACAGUAGAAUCCCUUAACGAAUUUGAUGAAUUGAUAAAUUCUCAAAAAAAAUGCUUAGUUCAAUUUUAUGCUACAUGGUGUCGAGUUUCCAGAGGGUUCUCUAACGAUUUUAUAAAUAUAGCAAAAACAGUCAAAGAUGAUAUAUUAGUUAUAGCUAUAAAAAAUGAAGAUAUAAUAAAUAAAUAUAAAAUUAAAACUUAUCCAAAUAUACAACUAUUUUUUACCAAUGAUAAAAAAGAAAAGCAUAUUGAACAAUUUGAUGGAAAUUAUAAAAUAAAAGAUGUUGUUUCAUUUAUAUAUGAUAAUAUUAAAAAUUACCGUUUAAAAGAGUUAAAUAUUGAUGUUGGUAAAAAGGAUAAUUCAAAUAAAAAAAAUAAAAAAAAUAAAAAUAGUGGUAAAGUAAUUGUAUUAAACGAUUCUAACUUUGAUCAAAAUGUUUUAAAAAAUGAUGAUAAUGUAUGGUUUGUUUUUUUCUAUGCCCCAUGGUGUGGGCAUAGUAAACCUAUUCAUCCAAUGUUUGAUGAACUAGCUAAAAAAACCUCGCAUUUAAAAAAUGCAAGAAUAGCAAAAAUUGAUGCAACCGUUGAACAAAGAACAGCACAAACUUAUGAAAUAAAGCAUUACCCUUCUUUCCGUUUAUUUCCAUCAGGAAAUAAAAAACCACACACUGCUAUAGAUUAUAAUGAGUCUAGAACUGUUAAUGAUCUUUAUCAAUUUUUUUUAAAAUAUUAUAAAGAAAAAAAAGAAAUAAUACAAUUAACAUCUCGAAAUGUUUUUGAUGAACAUUGUGAAAAUGAUGUUUGCCUUUUAGCUAUAUUACCAAGUAAAGAAGAUAUUGAACCAAGUUCUUUAAAAUCUUAUAUUCAAAUAUUAACUAGUGUAAUAAAAGAUGUUAAUCAUCUUCCUGUUACUCUAAUGUGGACACAUGCUGGAGAUCAAUUAGAUAUAGUUCAAAAAUUAAAUUUAACAUUUGGAUUUCCAACUGUUAUUGCUAUUAGUUUUUCAAAAAAUGUUUAUUCAAUUUUAAAAGGAAAUUAUUCUGAACAAUCAAUCAAAAAUUUUGUUAUACAAAUGAUGACAGGAAAAUCAUCAGUUGACAAUUUGGUUCCAUUUAAUGUUAAUAAUGUACCAAAAGUUGAUCUCAAUAAUAUGAAUGAAUACAAUUCAGAAUUAUAA